AUGUUGAUCAAAGAAAUUCCCACUACCCCAUCAUCUCCCAGAACAGGCGCCGAUGAUGGCAACCGGGAAACUUCUUCCCGGGUUCGUCAAGAAAAUCCUAAUCCCUCUACACCGACCACCGCUCCCCCUCUAACCAGCACAGUCACCCCACACCCAGAAGUAGAUGAGGAGACCUUACGGCAUCUCGACAAGAUCCUCAGAAGUAUACCCCGCGAGUUGGACGAUGCAGCAGCAUAUGCAGAACUCAAAUCUAGACCUGGGAUUUCCCGACCUAAAGCUAAAGCUUCAUCCUCUAAGACAAAAAUCUUUCCUAGUUCUCCCACAUCACCUCCACCAUCUACCGUCCAACCUUGGCCACCAUCUCCUCCCAAAGCCACAUCUCCUGUUCAAACUUUACCCUUGUCCCCUCUUCCUAGCCCUCCUAUAUCACCUUCACCUACGAUCAACCUUCCUAGCUCUCCUACAUCACCCCCACCAUCCCCCGUCCAACCUUCACCUUCAUCCCCGACCCAACCGAUGCAAUGCAGUGAGUCUACCUCUGACGGAGAAGGACUGAGGGAGGACUAUGGGCAGCCGUUCACUAUGCCAUCGCCAACAAGAGGUGGCGCCCCUACUUCAGUCCAUGCAUCGCAAGGAGGCAACAACGAUGAAUAG